ACGGUGGAACAGGAAAAACAACACUUGCUAGCAGCUAUUCAGCUAGAUAACAAACAAAAAUGUUGCCUAACAUAAAAUCAUUGAGAAUGUUACUGAACAGGCGAUUAAAAGCGGCUGUCGACGAGCUAUUCGGGGCAGUUGAAACAACGAUAGCAGAGUACCAGCAAGAAUUAUGCCGUUCAAAAGAGGAGAAAGACCGAACGAUAGCAGAGUACCAGGAAAAAAUGUCCCGUUCGGAAGAAGUGAACGCCCGGCUACAGAGGCUGCUGGAUGUCGUUCUUAAACCAGAAGUAAAGUUACAGAGACUAGAAGACCUCCAGCAGCUCACUCUCUCCAUCUCUGAAGAGGUUUCUCCUGAGCAGCAGGAUUGUAGUCCUGGUCUGGGGCAGGAGGAACCUUCUCAGAUUAAAGUGGAACAGGAGGAGCUAUGGGUCAUCAGUCAGGGACGAGAGCAGCUUCAAGCGAUGGAUUAUGAUACUGAUGAUACUGAUGAUUCUGCUGAUACAGAAGCCUUCAUAUCUACUGCCAGAGUAAAAGGUGACUGUAAUCAGAACCCAAGUCAGUCCUCACAUCUUUACCAAGUUUUAACCCAACGUGAAGAAAACACAGACAGGGAUGAGCUACCCAGCACCGCAAUGCAAAUUGAACAGAUUAAAACAGAAAAUGUCAGUAACAGUGACUCUCAGCCCCCAUUUGCAGUCAAUUCAGACUGGUCUGAAACUCGGAUAGAGAGUGAAGGACCUCCACUCAAGUCAAAGAGAACACAGACAGAAGUUGGACCAAGAUUCUGUACUAAAGUCAGAGAAUCCACAGAGUUGUCCCAUUUGAAAUCCCCUAUCCCCGGUAAUGCUGUUCGUCAUUGUAGAAUAUGUGCAAAACCUUUUAUCACCAUGACGUCUCUAGUGAUUCAUGCCCAUAAACAUAGACAGCUAUCUCGGUGUGGUAUCUGCGGAAGAGCCUUUGAGUCUGUAGAAAGUUUGAAAGAACAUCUACAUUUUCAUGUUACAGGAUCACUUUCUUGUUACAUCUGUGGUAUAUGCUUCACAGAGGAUGAUGAGGUUUUGCUGGAAGAGCAUAUGAGCAAUCACAAACUGUAUCGCUGUCUUGGGUGUAAAGAACGUUUUCGAUAAUCGCCAGGGUCUGACAUUGCAUAUGAGGACUCACACCAGGACUCUUGAUCAGAAUUGAAAAUUGAAGACCGCCCGACCUGGGCCUAUGACCUGCAGCCUGAGCCUUUACAAGCAGUCUUUUUUUAUUUUGAAAUUGUAAAAACAAUGUGAGGGAGGAGUAGCCUAUAUUGUCGUGAUCAACUUGAUUAAAACACCACAGCAGUUUUUGCUAAAGAAGUGACUCUGGUAAAAUGUUGCAGUUCCAUAUCCUAGUAAAGGAAGCCUGAGUGAGGCCCAAUGCAGUCUGUGUAUCCUGAAAUGUAUUUUUUUUUAAAUAUCAAAUAAACUAUUGAAUGGAGAGUG